GCGGAUGUGGUAGUGCCAUGCUGGCUGCUGGAUAUCCAGAUGUGGGCAUUGGGCUUCUUGGCGUUUCUUUUGCCUUUGGAUUAACCGUAUUAACCAUUGCCUAUUCAUUUGGACAUCUAUCGGGCGCCCAUUUGAAUCCAGCAGUAACCAUUGGACUGUGGAUGGGUGGUCGAAUUGGUUCAAAAGAAAUUUUACCCUAUAUCGCUUCACAAGUGACUGGAGCCAUAUUGGCUGCGGGGGUUUUGUAUGUUAUUGUUACUGGAAAUGGCAGUUUAAUUGGCGAUUUUUCAGCCAACGGAUAUGGCGACCAUUCUCCUGGAAAAUACAGCAUGGUAGCUGCCAUGGUAACCGAAUUCACCAUGACAUUUAUGUUCUUAUUGAUCAUUUUGGGAGCAACCGAUGAAAAAGCGCCCAAAGGUUUUGCUGGCAUUGCAAUUGGAUUGGCCUUAACCCUGAUCCAUUUAAUCAGCAUUCCUGUAACCAAUACGUCGGUUAACCCAGCCAGAAGCAUCAGUCAAGCCAUAUUUGUAGGGGGAUGGGCGUUAUCUCAAUUGUGGUUGUUUGUUUUAAUCCCUAUUGCUGGAGCCGCAUUGGCCGCCAAAAUAGAAAAGCCUUUGGAGGUGGUAUCAGAAACGGUUGUGUUCAAAGAAGAAGUUGUAAAAGAAGAAGUUAAAAAAGAAGAGCCUGUAAUUUUAUCGGAGUUAUCCAAUGAUAUCGAUACCGAUAAAGAUGGAAUAAGCGAUAAAGUGGAUUCCAAUCCUUUAUUGGCAGGGCCUGUAGAGAACGGUGGUGCACCAGAAAGCACCGAUCCUAUAGAAGCCAGUAUUACGUAUAUCGAUAUUCAAAAAGAAGGAUUGACUUUUGAGCCCAAUGGGACCCUUAGUCCAGAGAGCAAGAUUAAAAUGGAUGCCAUUUUAGAAGAUAGAGUUAAGAAUACUUCACCAGACGAGGUUUUUGUAGUGGUGAAUAACGCAUCAGCGGGUGAAACAUCACCAGCCCAAUUGGCUUUAAGAGAACGUCAGGCGGCCGCAGUAAAAACCUAUGUAAGAACCAAAUCGCCCGAAAGACCAGCCGAUAAAUUUAAAUCGGUGGCUCAAUCUGAUCUUAAUAGAGAUACCGACUCCGAUGGUCUGUUGGAUAAAGUGGAUACUUGUUUGGAGGCCAGUGGAGUGGUGAAUAAUUUAGGCUGUCCAGAAGGGGUUAAAGCUCAAGAAGCUAAGGCCAUUAAUUUGGGCGCCGAGAAAAUUCAAUUUGCAACUGGAUUAUCCGUGCUUAAUCCUACCGUUAAAGAUACUUUGGAUAAGGUGGCGGAUGUUAUGAAUCGCAACGAAAACCUUAAAUUUAAAGUAUCGGGUCAUACCGAUUCUGUGGGUACAGCCGCCAAAAAUGAGAUACUUUCUCAAUCUAGAGCUCAAUCGGUGGUGGAUUAUUUAAUGUCUAAAGGCGUUGCAUCUAGCCGUUUAUCGCCCAAUGGAUAUGGUAGCCAAAUUCCAGUGGCCUCCAACGAUACUCCAGAAGGUCGUACCGAAAAUCGACGAGUAGAAAUACAAGUGGAAAAU